CCCCCGGCCGCCGGGCUCCUCUGAUUGGGCGUGGCUGCGCCCUGUCGACCAAUGGCGAGGCUGCUCUUGAAUUCCCGGAAGUGAAGGCUGAGUUAGGGUCCGCCUCCGCUUCCCAGGCCGGCUAGUGGGGGCUACGCCGGGGUCCGCGGCGCUAUGAGUUCUUUCCAGGGACAGAUGGCUGAGUACCCAAUCAUCUCCAUAGACCGCUUCGACAGGGAGAAUCUGAAGGCCCGCGCCUACUUCCUGUCCCACUGUCACAAGGAUCACAUGAAAGGAUUAAGAGCCCCUACCUUGAAAAGAAGGUUAGAGUGCAGCUUACAGGUUUACCUAUACUGUUCGCCUGUUACUAAGGAGUUGUUGUUAACUAGUUGGAAAUACAGAUUUUGGGAGAAACGAAUUAUAGCGAUUGAAAUUGAAACUCCCACCCAGAUAUCUUUAGUUGACGAAGCAUCAGGCGAGAAGGAAGACAUUGUUGUGACUCUCUUACCGGCUGGUCACUGCCCAGGAUCAGUUAUGUUUUUAUUUCAAGGCAGUAAUGGAACUGUCUUAUACACAGGAGACUUCAGAUUGGCCAAAGGAGAAGCUGCCAGAAUGGAGCUCCUGCACUCUGGGGGCAGAGUAAAAGACAUCGAAAGUGUAUAUUUAGAUACUACUUUCUGCGAUCCAAAAUUUUAUCAGAUUCCAAGUCGAGAGGAGUGCUUAAAUGGAAUUUUAGAGCUGGUUCGAAGCUGGAUCACUCGGAGCCCGUACCAUGUUGUGUGGCUGAAUUGCAAAGCAGCUUAUGGCUAUGAAUACUUAUUCACUAACCUUAGUGAAGAAUUUGGAGUCCAGGUUCAUGUGGAUAAACUUGACAUGUUUAGAAACAUGCCCGACCUUCUUCAUCAUCUCACAACGGACCGUAGCACCCAGAUCCACGCAUGCCGGCACCCAAAAGCAGAAGAGUAUUUUCAGUGGAAUAAAUUACCCUGUGGAAUUACUUCUAAAAAUAGAAUUCCACUCCAUAUAAUUAGCAUUAAGCCAUCCACCAUGUGGUUUGGAGAAAGAACAAGAAAAACAAAUGUAAUCGUGAGGACUGGACAGAGUUCAUACAGAGCUUGUUUCUCUUUUCACUCUUCCUACAGUGAGAUUAAAGACUUCUUGGGCUACAUCUGUCCUGUGAACGCAUAUCCAAAUGUCAUUCCAAUAGGUACAACGAUGGAUAAAGUUAUAGAAAUUUUAAAGCCUUUAUGUCGAUCUUCCCAAAGUACUGAGCCAAGAUAUAAACCAUUUGGAAAAUUGAAGAGAGCUAGAACAAUCUACCUAGACUCAGAGGAAGAAGAUGAUGAUCUCUUUGAUGACCCUCUGCCAGUACCUUUAAGGCACAAGGCUCCAUACCAGCAAACUUGUCAGCCUGAGGUAUUUUCAAUGACUACAGAAGCACAAAACCAGCUUGAAAAACAGACACAAAUCACAGCAUGCUGUAGAACAGAGAGUUUGCAAAGCCCCAUUUUGUCAAACUUUGUAGACUGCGAUGAAUCCAACAGUGAAAGUGAUGAAGAAAUGGAAGCCCCAGCUUCACUGCAAGGAAAUCCAGGCCCUGUAACACUUCUGCAAAGUGCUGAGAGGGAUGUAGUACCGCAAUGGGAAGUAUUCUUUAAAAGAAAUGAUGAAAUCACAGAUGAGGGUUUGGAACAUUUCCCUUCCUCCACACAAGCAGAAGGAUCUCAGUCACCAAAGCUUUUCAGUGACUCUGAUGGGGAAUCUACUCACAUCUCCUCCCAGAAUUCUUCUCAGUCAACACACAUAACAGAACAAGGAAGCCAAAGUUGGGACAGCCAAUCUGAUACUAUCUUGUUAUCUUCCCAAGAGAGAAAUGGUGGGGAUAUUAACUCCUUGAACAAAGGUGGCUAUAGACAAAGAAUCAAAGAGAAUAUUCCUGCCUCUCAAAUGGAACAAAAUAUACUUUGUCCAAAGGAUACUUACUCUGGUUUGAAAAGCAGAGAUCAAGAUGUAUCUACAGUUCCUAGUGCUGGAGAACCAGCUACUGUAAAUGAUGGGAAACAUAUACCUGAGGAAAAAAGGUUGCUAAAUCUUAGCACAAAUGCAGAUUCACAGAGCUCCUCUGAUUUUGAAAUUCCCCCAACUCCUGAAGCUGAACUACCUAAACGAGAGCAUUUACAGUAUUUGUAUGAGAAACUGGCAACAGGUGAAAGUAUAGUAGUUGAAAAAAAUGCUCACCUUUAGAUAUUUAAGAACUAAAAAUCACUUUCUCCUAGAGCAAACACUAUACAAAGAGACAACAGUCAGUAUCACAUUAGGUAAAUUAAAAUGAAAUCCUUAAAAAUGUCCAGAUAGGACCAGUAGGUAACAUAAUGGUUAAGGCAUUGGACCUGACAUGGCUAACUACUGAGUUCAAGUCCUGGACCUGGUAGGCAUGUGUGCAUGACCAAAAUUCCAAUAGCAGAAGGGAUUGUGGCAUGGCCAUCCUGCCUGGGGGGUGUGUGGGGGGGUGUGAUAUCUCACUUUCCUUCUCUCUCUCUGUGGCUCUUUUUGGAAAGCAUACACACUCUUGCAAAAAUCUUAAAAGUCACCUGAAAGAAGGCAGUAAAAUGGAAAUAGGAACAAAAAACUAGGGGAAAAUGAUAGAGUUAACCGAAACAUACCAACAGUUACAAUGCAUGUAGGCCCAGCCUCAGUGGCACAGGUAGUGGUGUACUGUACUGCAGUGCUAGAAGCCAUAGAGCCUGCUCAACCACUCAUUCAGUUCCUGAGUGAACCUGAAAACACACUGGAUGCUAGUAUGCCAAGAUCCUAAUGAGGUGAAGAACUGAGAAAAGGAGAUUAGAAUGAGACCAGACUGCAGAGGGUACCUCUCUGGUAUGUACUCUAAUGAGAGAGAACAAAGUUAUAGUACAUAUAAAUAGUCUAAACAUAACCCAAGUAUAUGCUAUCUACAAAAAAAAAAAAAAAAAAAAAAUCAAA